GCGCUGGCCCCGCCCCACGGCGUCCCGCCCGCCCAGUCGCGGGAACUGCUCUCCGUGUCAGGAGGCUGCCUGCGCCGAGUCCGACGUGGCUGGAGUCCGUCCGCUUCCCGUCUUCCCAGGUGCCGUCCUCGCUUCGGCGGGGCCAUGCCAGGCAGCCGGCAGCCGAGGGUCCGCUCGGGGAACCAGCCGUGCCCCGCGCCCGCCAUGGAGCCGGCGGGCGGCGGAGCCUGGGCCCACAGCCGCGCCGCGCUCGCCCGCCUGGAGCAGCUGCUGCGCUGCUCGCGCUGCACUAACAUCCUGAGGGAGCCUGUGUGCUUAGGAGGGUGUGAGCAUAUCUUUUGUAGUGAUUGUGUAAGUGACUGCAUUGGAACUGGAUGUCCAGUGUGUUCCACGCCAGCCUGGAUCCAAGACGUCAAGAUAAACAGACAGUUGGACAGCAUGAUUCAACUUUGUACUAAGCUUCGAAAUUUGCUACAUGGCAAUAACUUUUCAGAUUUGAAAGAAGAUACAUCUAGGACAAGGUUAUUUAAUGAUGCAGAAAACAAGAAAAAAUCAAUAAAAAUGUGGUUUAGUCCUCGAAGUAAGAAGGUCAGGUAUGUUAUGCGGAAAGUUUCAGUGCAAACCCAGCCCCAGAAGACAAAAGAUGAAGAUGCUCAGCAAGCCUCAGUGUAUGAAUUCGUUUCCGCAACUCCUCCUACAGUUGUUUCUAAGAGCCCUGUAAAAGCUUCUACAGCAUCUGCAAAAAAGCAAAAAAAGAAAACUUUAGCUGAAAUUAACCAAGAAUGGAAUUUAGACACCAAGAAGGAAGGUGGUGAACUUGAUCCCAAAGAAGAAUUUAAGGAAAAGCAGGUGUCCUUCUGUAGCCAGCCAUCCAUUAUUGGUAGUCCACAGGUAAAUGGUGAAAUAGACUUACUAGCAAGUGGCUCCAUAACAGAAUCUGAAAGUUGUGGAAGCUUCACUGAAGUCUUUCUACCAUUGGCUGAGCAUAUAGAGUCUCCAGAAAGUGACAAGAAUGAAGUGACUCCUGAAAAAGGCUGUGAAAAUGAUAUUACGUCUAAGCUGUCUUUGCCAUUAAGUCAUAAUGGGAAACGUGAACAUUGCAAUAGACUUUCUAGGCCUGUUUCUAAGAAGUGUAGAAGCAGUAUUCCAAGCACCACUGGAGAUGUUAGCCAAACAGUACUCUCAGAAAACAUAUCAUUGCUUGACUGUUCACCACCAGCUUCGAGCAAACCUAAAGCCGAUGACACUUUGAGGGAAAAUGAUAAUAUAUCAGAUGACUCUGUUAGCCUUUCACCAUGUACACUACCUUCUACACUGAAUAGUUCCAGUUAUAGACGACUGAUGUCAAGCCCCACUGCAAUGAAGCUGUACCCCCAUGACUUUAUGGCCAGAAAAAGAAAUCAUAGAGGAGAGACUUUGCUUCAUAUUGCUUCUAUAAAGGGUGAUAUACCGUCUGUUGAGUACCUCUUGCAAAAUGGAAGUGACCCAAAUGUGAAGGACAAUGCUGGAUGGACACCAUUGCAUGAAGCCUGCAAUCAUGGACACCUGAAGAUAGUAGAAUUGCUGGUCCAGCAUAAGGCCUUGGUGAAUAUCACUGGCUACCAGAAUGACUCGCCACUUCAUGAUGCAGCCAGGAAUGGGCACCUGGACAUAGUGAAGCUCUUACUGUCCUGUGGAGCCUCCAGGAGUGCUGUUAACAUAUUUGGUCUGCGGCCUGUGGAUUGUACAGACAAUGAAAAUAUGAAGUCAUUAUUGCUGCUACCAGAGAAGAAUGAAUCAUCCUCAACUAGCCGUUGUGCAGUUGUGAAUGCCAGUCAGCGUAGAGAUGGACCUCCUGUGCUUAUAGGCAGCGGGCUUUCUUCAGAACAACAGAAAAUGCUUGGAGAGCUAGCCGCAAUGCUUAAAAUUAAAAAGUGCUCGGAGUUUGACAGUACCGUAACUCACGUCAUUAUUCCUGGUGAUGAAGCCCAGAGUACUCUCAAGUGUAUGCUCGGGAUUCUCAAUGGAUGCUGGGUUCUCAAGUUUGACUGGGUGAAAGCAUGUCUACAAAGAAAGGUCUGUGACCAGGAAGAAAAGUACGAAAUUCCUGAAGGUCCACGGAGAGGCAGGCUCAACAGAGAACAGCUGUUACCUAAGCUGUUUGAUGGCUGCUACUUCUAUUUUGGGGGAACCUUCAAACAUCACCCAAAGGACAACCUUAUUAAACUCGUUGCUGCAGCAGGGGGUCAGAUCCUCAGUAGAAAGCCCAAGCCAGACAGCGAUGUGACUCAGACCAUCAAUACAGUCGCAUACCAUGCCAAACCCGACUCUGAUCAGCGCUUUUGCACACAGUAUAUCAUCUAUGAAGAUUUAUCUAAUUAUCGCCCAGAAAGGGUUCGGCAGGGUAAAGUCUGGAUGGCUCCUUCAAGCUGGUUCAUAAACUCUGUCAUGUCCUUCAUGUUGCUUCCUCUUGACAGCUGAAUUUCGUAUCAGAUGAACAUUUCAUACUGAACUUGCAUAGUUUAUGAGCGUUGAGCCAUUGCAGUUUGUUACUCAUAUUUUUACUGAUAGGUAGAGUCAUUCACAUCUUUUUCUUUUUAUUAAAAAAAAAUCUAUGCCAGAUUAGGAAUUCAUUCUGUAUUUACCAUAUAGGUGCUGGGACUGCUUUUAAGAGUUUUUCUAUUGGGGGUUGGGGGUACAGCUCAGUGGAGCACCUGCCAAACAUGUACACUGUCCUGGGUUUGAUCCCCUGCACUGCAAAAAUGAAUUUUUCCUUUUAAAACUGAUCUUCAUUUUUUAUUUCAUCAUGUCUUUCUAUUCUAAUUAUCAACUAUCAAAGAUUAAUGAGAGGCUGUCAGAGCUGUUUGUUAAAUCUGUAAAUGAUACUAUUUCAACCUUUUAAUGUUCUCUGAUGAAAACAAUCCACACCUGCCACCAGCAACAAUACUUGCCAUCCUUUAGUAAACAGAAUAUUGUCAAAUUAUUAUUCUGGCUUUACUAUAAUGGGAAGAGAGUACUUGAUCUAAGUGUGCCACUAUAGGUGUAAAAUUCUUCUCCUGUCUGCAUUUUACAUUGUUUUAAAUUUCUCACAAUUUUCUUGGUAUGUUUGAUUGUAAUCUUGUGUAUUUAUUAGGAAAUCGUGAUUUGAACUAUAACCUUGUUUUUUGGCAGUGAAAAUCAAUAAUAGACUCAUGGUACAUAUUUUUUUAUUGCGUACAUUUGCUUAUUAAUUUAUAGCUGUUUCUUUGCUGUACAUGUAUGUAUACUUUAUUUCUCUGACAUAUUUCAUAUUGACAUUUCUCAUAAAGUCUUACUGUAAAAUUGCCAGUCAAAUGUCAGUACAUCAGCUUAGAAGCAGUUUGUCUGGUAGGUCUUGCAAGGGAUGGAGCCUAGGGCCAUGCACAUGCUAAGCCUGUGCUUUACUCAGCUACACCCUAGCCCAGUCUUAAUUUGAUUUAGGACAAGGUUUUUCCACUUUACACAAAGGGCCAUGACAGUAAAUGUAGAGGAAAGAGCAAGAAGGACUUGUUCCCUAUACCAAAGUCAAAGCUGGGUGGUCCACAGUGACCACUUGAGAAUGGCCUGAGCUGAGGAAUUUUCUCUGUCUGUUCUGGAUGUUCUUACUCUGAAUCAACAGGGGUGGGCUAGAAGCAGAAUUCUUUAAUGUCUUUCCUAGAAAUUGAAUGUGUUUAUACUGUAAUAGGCUUGGGGAAGGAAGCACUGUGAAACCUACCAAUUUUGUGUCUCUUGAGCCAAAGAGGAGUGCAGUCCGAUCCCCAAUUUUAAAAUACUUGACAAUCUACAUUUUAUCAACAUUUUCAGAUCCGAUUAUUUGAAGUUUCAGAUUCUGCUGAUCAUUUAAAAUGCAUUUUACGUCAGUUCCUUCUUUGGCAUAUUACUUUUUCAUAUCAACAAUACUACAUGAACAAAAUUUUUUUCUUCUUGUAACCUAGGUUAAAUUAGCUCUAAAAUUUCCUGCAGAACCAUUAUGGUGUUCACUCCACAUUUCAUUCUGAUAGAGAAUGAUAAACACCACUGUGCCAGGUGAACUUGAGGGGUUAGGUAAUGUCUGGAUUAAAUAAUCGAAGACUAUGGGUUUUGUUGUUUUUGUUAUGUAAUUGACUUUAGGUCCCUUUCUGUUGCCUUGUAGGUCACAGUCCUAGACAAGGUUGUGUCUCUUACUUGCAACUCAAUUCUAAUUUGUAAAAACGCAUUUAGGAUUUCCUGUUCACAUUCUUGGGUUCAUUUUCUUAGUUUGUCCUCCUCCCUGGGUUUUUCUUUCUCUUCCACUAUUAAGUAUUUCUUUAAAUAUUUGUUUGACAGCAGUUGGUUUAUGUUAAGCUCUUGAAGCCUGCAGUUGUACUUACUGUGUAAAAGUAGUGUACUUGUAAUUAUUUUCAUUUUUCAUCAGUCAAACUUCCUUUUUGUUUACCAUGUAUCAUUAAAAUUUUUUGUAUUUUCAUGAAUCUGUAUCUUUUAUAGAAGUGGCUUAUUCUGUAUAUUGAAGAAUUAGAUUUAGCAUGACUUGUGAGGACAUCUUUUAGCUUUCUUUUUGAACAUGAACACUUUUUAAGUCAUUUUAAGUAGAAUUACUUUUCAAGUAUAUUAGCUGUUAUAUUACAUUAAAUAAAUUAUUCUGAACAGAGUGUAACUUUGAUAGUUUGGAGUCAUCAAUAGCUUUAGUUACACAGAUUCUGUUAAAGUCAUGUGCUUGGUAGAUUUUCCACUUUGUUUCACAGGGCUGUUUACCAGUUAUGCCUGUACUUGUAGCUUUUUUCCUUUUCCCCUGACUGCCCCUGCUUAGUGACUUUGAGACCGUUGUCUGUCUGCUAAUACUGUAUCAUGUCCACUUUUUUCUGACUUACUAAAAAAUGGAAACUAGGUACGAAGUAUAUUAGAAUUGUGACUGAAAUAAUGAUGGACAAGUGUUGUGAGGGUUUCGGUGGUUUGCUUGAGUUAGAAACAUAAAUUUCAGUAGAUAUAGUUUGCCAUUUAUUUCCUCUGUUUCAAUUCCCUUUCAUUCUUCUCUGUGAACUUGUUAGAUGACCUGUGUCCAGAUGAAGAUUAUGUUCUGAGAAGCCUGAACUUCUUGUGAAAAUAGACUCGGGUGGAGCAGGGAGAGAGAGUGUCACAUCAGAUGAGUGCAGAAAAAGUUAUUUUAAAGGACUGUGGACUUUAAUACAGUCAAAAAUUUCUAUUCUGUUCCCAAAUAAAAUAUGCUAAAAUGGCAUGAUAUGAUAACUAAAAGUCACUAUUUUGUUUGAAGUUGGAUUAUGAACUUAAUGAGUUUACAUGUCAAGCCCUUUCAAAUAUACACACAUCGCAAACUACCUAAUGAAAGAAUAGUAGUUCAGGUGAGAAUUCUAUUGCCUUUAUUCAGUUAGUAAGUAUUAUAUUUGGCUAAUUAAGCUACAUACUCUGCUAUGAAUUAGGAAUUGUUGAUUAUUUGUGUAGCUUCUGAAGUCACAAGGUCCAGUUUUUGGUACUUGGAAGUUUUUUUGUAUAGGUGUAUGAGAGAGGAAAGUCACUGGAUUAUUCUCACUGUGGUGAAGGGUUGGUGAGUAACACCCAGCCACUGAGUAAGAUCCUGCACAGGCUUUAUUGAAAGCUAGUCAGACCUGCAGUCAUUUGCCAUCUCUACUUCACCUAGCUAGUGUGCUGGUAAACAGUGUGGACUGUGCCAUCUUCUCAUGUGCGUGACAGAAUACACUAAGCACAUACACUGUGAGCAGGGUAGUUCAGUGUAGAAAUGUCUCUGAAAGUAGCGCCUGUAAAAGUAGCUUUUGGUAGCACAGCUCGCCUCCAUCCUGAAUAGUCCUAGCUGUAUCUCCCAUCCAGUUGACUGCUGGCUGUCGUGCCUAAGCUUUACUGAUACUAUCAGGUUUUCCCAUCUGUACCCUCUCCUGCCCAUUCAAUUCAAAUUUUCCUUAGCUUUUGUUGCAUGAGUUGAUUUACUCUGGGUACCAAGACUGCUUAGGUCCUCUGCUCUGCACAAGGGUGGCGCACCUUACGAAGCCCAAAGUCAUCAUCUGUCAUUAUCACAAACCAUGUCUGCCACCUCAGCUUGAGUCCUCGCUUUGGUGUCCUUGGGGUAAAUUCAUGUUACACCAUUAUACAUCUCUCUCAAAAAAGGUUUUUUUUUUUUAACUUCUUUAUCUACCUUUACUUCCUAAUUUGUGAGACUCAGAUUUUCAUUAUCAGUACUACAAAUUCAUCAGAACCACUCUCCAUCUGCCUGUGGGUUAAAAUAAUACAGCCUACAUAUACUGCCAUGGAUGAAAUAAAAAAUUCUUUUUUCUGAAUUUUACUGCUGUGGCCUCUUUGAGUUUGUAAACAGCUCUGCUUAUGAAAGUAUUAUGUAGUUACUUUAGAAACUUCACAUAGUACACAAAAAGCAUAAAGAGAGGAGCCCUACAUCAAGGGAGGAUAAACUGAUGGCUUGUUCUGUAUAGCCUUCAUGGUGUUAAAAAUCAUAUUGGGCAGUACUGAAAGCGUGCAUGUACUUAACAUUCACCACAGUCCCUGUCACCGUAUUUUCUCCCAUUUAGUCCAUUAGUUGUUCUUUGUAAACAUGAGGUUACCCAAAACUCAGGAAUAACCACUAUUAAUAAUCUUUUUUUUGUUUUGUUUUGUUUUUUUAAGUAUUCAUGCAGUCAGCUCUCACUAUCCAUGGGGGGGAAGGUCUUCAAAGUUGCCUGGCAAGAUACCCAAAUCCAUAGAACCUAUUUACCAUACAGAAAAUAGUGUAGUUCAGGAGGCAGGACCACUUGAGUUCUUUGAAUUUGAGACCAGUUUGGACAACAUAGUGAGAUCUUGUCUCCAAAGCAAGAAAAUAAAAUGGUAUAAUUGCAUAGAACCUAUGUACAUCCUCCCACAUUUCAUCUCUAAAUUACUUAUAAUACUCAGUAUAAUGUAAAUGAUACAGAUAGUUCUUACAUUGUUUAAGGCAUAAUGAUGAGAAAAUUAUGCUCAGUAUAGGUUUUUUCUUUACUCUGAAUAUUGUGGAUCUGCUUUGGUUGAAUUGAUACAGAACCCAUAAAUACAGAGGCCUGACUAUAGCUUUAUAACGAAGAGCUCCAAUCUUCCAUAUACUUUUUAAAUUUAAUUUUUUUUUUUGUCUUUUUGAGACGGUCUUGCUAUGCAGUUCAGGCUG